GAGGGCGGCGGCACUGGCGGCUUCCGGGGAGGCGGAGAGUCUCCGGCGUCAUCAGUGAGCUGCGGCCUGGAGCACUGCCGACACCACAGAGAUGCCAGUUGCCGUUGGUGGGCCCUAUGGGCAAUCACAGCCCGGUUGUUUUGACAAGGUGAAGAUGGGCUUCAUGAUGGGCUUUUCGGUAGGAGUGGCAGCCGGGGCAUUGUUUGGCACGUUCUCGUGUUUAAGAUUCGGAAUGAGAGGACGUGAACUUGUGGGUGGCAUUGGAAAGACCAUGAUGCAAAGCGGUGGCACAUUUGGAACAUUUAUGGCUAUUGGGAUGGGAAUUCGAUGUUAACCUGGCACAAGUUAAUAAAUCUACUUGAGUUUACACAGAGUCUUUGUGAACGUCACUAUUGCGCCAAGUCUAUUGUAUUAUAUUAUAAAAGUCAAUUUAGUACCCAGAUCAGCUAUGUGUCUCGCUCACUAGUUUGGGUGCUUUCAAUAAACUAUUUUUUAUUUUAUUUUUGACUUGUAAUUAUUGAGACUAAUAAAUGAUUAAUUUGA